CUUAGUCGUCUGUUAUUCUAAUAUCUGCCAAAAUGUCAUCAAAGAAAGAACUUAAAACUGACCAGCGAUUCAGCCGAGUCACAAAGGAUCCCAGAUUUUGGGAGAUGCCUGAGAAGGACAAGAGAAUAAAAAUAGACAAGCGCUUUCGGUCAAUGUUCCAUGACAAAAAUUUCAGUGUGAACUACACGAUGGAUAAACGAGGGCGUCCUAUUCACCACAAUACCACCGAGGACCUAAAGCGCUUCUAUGAUCUCUCAGAUUCUGGUGACGAAGCAUCUUCUGAAGAAGAAGAAACUGGGACCAAAAAAGGUAAACAAAAGGCCAAGCUGAAACAGAAACCCGGGGCAGAAUGCAGCAAGAUGUCUGAAAAAAAAGGAAAGAAAAAAGGCCAGGCAAGCAAUGAGCCAAGUAACAAUACUGACAGUAAAAAGGGCAAAGAGAAUACAUUAUAUGAAGUAAAAACCAAGGGGCAGCAAGAAUGUCUUGAGACUGAACAGAAACCAACAAAGAGUAUUGCAGCAGCUAAGAAAUCUAUGAAGGGGAUUGAACAGGAGGACUCUGAAGAAUUGGGACUUGAAGCAGAGAGUGAUGAGGAGAGCGGAAAUGAAAUUCCUUCUGGUGAAGAGGAUUCUGAAAUGAGCGGCAUGGACCUGGAAGGCGAGGAGGAGAGUGAUGAAGACAGUGAGGAGGAAGAAUCACAAGGUGAUGACUCUGAAGAGGAGGAAGAGGGUGAUGCAAGCUCAGGAGAGGAGGAGGAUAGCGACAGUGGUCCAGAUCUGGCGCGAGGGAAAGGGAACAUUGAAACAAGUUCUGAAGAAGAGGAUGAUGAAGAUGAAUUUGCUGAAACCUCAAAUAAGGAUACAGAAAUUGAACAUGACUGGAGAGAAAUGGACAAGGAUGCACCUCGGGGAGAGCAGAUUACCAGGAGGCUGGCUGUGUGCAAUAUGGACUGGGACAGACUGAAGGCUAAAGACCUACUCGCACUCUUUAACUCCUUUAAGCCCAAAGAAGGAAUUGUUUUCUCUGUAAAGGUUUAUCCCUCAGAGUUUGGAAAGAAAAAACUGAAGGAAGAGGAACUUCAUGGACCCUCGGAACUGAAGAAUGUUUCAGAAGAUGGUUCACAAGAUCAAGGCAUUUAUAAGGAGAAACUGCGGGAAUAUCAAUUCAAGCGGCUGAAGUACUUCUAUGCAGUGGUAGAAUGCGACACCCCAGAGACAGCCAAUAAAAUUUACGAGGAUUGUGAUGGUAUGGAGUUUGAAAGUAGCUGCUCCUUUGUGGAUCUCAGGUUUAUUCCUGAUGAUGAACAGUUUGAUGAUGAACCCAAGGACUCAGCUGUGGAUAUGGAUAUUUCUGCCUACAAACCCAAGCUCUUUACCUCUGCAGCCAAUGCAACGUCCAAGGUAGAGCUGACUUGGGAUGAGACUGAUCAGGAAAGGGUCAUGAGUUUAAACAGACCGUUCAAAAAAAAUGAGAUCCUCGACAUGGAUUUUCAGGCAUAUUUAGCAUCUUCCAGUGAAGACGAGGAAGAGGAACUCUCGGCAGACAAUGAAGAGAAUGAAGAUGUGACAUCUAAAAAGGGGCCAAAGGAUGAUGAGGAGCAGAUUGCUCGUUACAGGGAGCUGGUCAAGAUCAUCCAAGAAAAGGAGAAGAAUCAGGAUGACAAGGGUGUGGAAAUGGAAGUAAAAUGGGUCCCAGGCCUCAAGGAAAGUGCUGAACAGAUGGUUAAAAACAAACUGGAGGGCAAUGAUUUUCUAACUCCAUGGGAAAAAUACCUGAAGAAACAAAAAGAGAAAAGGAAAAUGAAGAAGAAGACAAAGAAGGGAAGUGCAGAAGAAAAAAAUGAAGAGGAUGAGAUGCCAUCUGAUGUUGAUUUCAAUGAUCCUUACUUUUCUGAGGAAUUGAAGAAACCAGGUAUGAAGAAGAAAUUUACAGAUGGCAAGAAUGAACAGGAUUCAUCUGAAGACGAGGAAGAAAAAGAAAGGCAGGAAGCGCAGAUGACACUGCUUAUGAUGGACGAUGUGGAGGAUGACCGAAAACAUUUCAACUAUGAUAAGAUUGUGGAGCAGCAGAAUCUGAGCCGCAGCAAGAAGAAGAAGCUGAAGAAGAAGCAAGAAAUAGUGGAAGACAACUUUCAGAUUAAUGUUGAUGAUUCAAGAUUCCAAGCCAUGUACACAUCCCAUCUAUACAACUUGGAUCCUUCUGAUCCCAACUUCAAGAAGACUAAGGCAAUGGAACGCGUUCUGGAAGAAAAAGCUAAAAGAAGAGAACAAGAGCAGAAAGCCUACACAGAGACGGUGAAGAAACCCGGGGCAGGACUGGAAACUGUGCCAAAAGCAGGAACAUCUGCUGUGAAAAGAACAGACCCAUCCCUCUCUUUACUGCUCAAGUCUGUCAAGAGCAAAACCCAGCAGUUCCAGGCUUCAAAAAAGCAGAAAACAAAAUAGUUGUGCAAUGUACAUGAUACUCUGCCGUGUCAGUAAACAGCGCUGGACUGCAGAUCAGACUGACAAUCCAAACAGACCUCCCCGUGUAUAUAUAGCAGCACAUAAAUAAAUCGUUUUUUAUCAAAGUGAGUAUUACAGUGAUAAGGGAAAAGCCACCUCGGAGAUUUACAGUGGGUCGCACGUGGACUGCCAACACAAAAUAUGUUCAACUUGCUUAAUUAUAUGCAAUUGUUUUUGUAAAUGAUAUGCAUCUGAUGUACAAAUGCAAUUGUAUAUUUAUCAUAAUCACUAAAGAACAUAGUACAGGAAUAGCGUGAAAGAAGUGUUCUAUGUGAUAUGUAAAUCUCCCCCACAGGCUUAGAAGAUGAAAUAUAUAAUGUUU